GCCCAGGGGACCCGCGGCCGGCGGCCGCCGCAGCGCCAGCAGCAUGUGGAGCCCGACCGAGGAGGAGAAAUACGGAGUGGUGAUAUGCAGCUUCCGAGGAGCUGUGCCGCAAGGCUUGGUCCUGGAGCUAGGUGAGACCGUGCAGAUCCUGGAGAAAUGUGAAGGGUGGUACAGAGGUGUUUCCAUUAAGAAGCCCAAUGUGAAGGGGAUUUUUCCUGCAAACUAUAUUCACUUGAAAAAGGCAAUUGUCAGUAACAGAGGGCAAUAUGAAACAGUUGUUCCACUUGAAGAUUCUGUUGUGACGGAGGUCACAGCAACACUGCAGGAAUGGGCUGUGCUCUGGAAACAGCUGUAUGUGAAACAUAAGGUAGAUCUUUUCUACAAACUGCGCCAUGUGAUGAAUGAACUCAUUGACCUACGCAGACAGCUGCUGUCAGGUCACUUGACGCAGGAUCAGGUGCGAGAGGUCAAGAGGCACCUCACAGUGAGGCUGGACUGGGGCAAUGAACAUUUGGGCCUCGAUUUAGUUCCUCGAAAGGACUUCGAAGUUGUGGAUUCUGAUCAGAUCAGUGUGUCAGAUCUUUACAAAAUGCAUUUGUCAAGUAGACACAGUGUCCAGCAGAGCACAUCACAGGUGGAUACAAUUCGUCAGCGUCACGGAGAUGCUUGCCGUAUGCCAGUGCCUCAUCACUUCUUCCUCAGUCUGAAGAGCUUCACCUACAAUACAAUUGGAGAAGACACUGAUGUCUUUUUUUCUUUAUAUGAUGUUCGAGAAGGCAAGCAGAUCAGUGAGAGAUUUAUGGUGAGGUUAAACAAGAACGGAGGCCCCAGGAAUCCAGAGAAGAUAGAUCGAAUGUGUGCACUUUUCACAGAUCUCAGCAGCAAGGACAUGAAGAGAGAUUUGUACAUAGUUGCCCAUGUCAUUCGAAUAGGUCGCAUGUUGCUAAAUGACUCAAAAAAAGGGCCCCCACAUUUACACUAUCGCCGCCCCUAUGGCUGCGCAGUGUUGAGCAUCAUGGAUGUACUUCAGUCAAUCUCUGAGAUAAAAGAAGAAAAGGAUUUUGUUCUCAAAGUUUACACGUGUAACAACGAAAAUGAAUGGUGUCAGAUCCAUGAAAACAUCAUUCGCAAGUCCAGCACCAAAUACACAGCACCCAGCUCCAACUACGGACUUAUAAUAUCUCUUCAGCUUCUUCGUGGUGACAUGGAGCAGGUUCGGAGGGAAAACCCCAUGAUCUUUAACAGAGGGGUUUCUGUUACCAGAAAGCUGGGUUUCCCCGAUGUCAUAAUGCCAGAGAUGAAGAUAGUUGGGUGUGAUAUUCGCAAUGACUUAUACCUGACAUUAGAAAAAGGAGACUUUGAAAGAGGUGGGAAAAGCGUGCAGAAGAACAUUGAGGUGACCAUGUAUGUUCUGUAUGCAGAUGGAGAAAUCCUGAAGGACUGCAUCAGCCUGGGCUCAGGAGAGCCAAGCAGGAGCGCCUACCACUCUUUUGUCCUUUACCACAAUAACAGCCCUCGAUGGGGGGAAAUCAUCAAGCUGCCCAUCCCCAUUGACAGGUUUCGUGGGUCUCACCUCCGCUUUGAGUUCAGACAUUGCUCCACAAAAGACAAGGGAGAAAAGAAGCUCUUUGGGUUUGCAUUCACUCCACUGAUGAGAGAUGAUGGCACUACCUUGUCGGAUGAUAUCCAUGAGCUUUAUGUCUAUAAGUGUGAUGAGAACAGCACGUUUAAUAACCACGCGCUCUACCUGGGGCUGCCCUGCUGCAAAGAGGACUACAACGGCUGCCCCAAUAUUCCUUCCAGUCUCAUUUUCCAGCGCAGCACCAAAGAGUCCUUUUCAGUCUCCACACAGCUUUCUUCUACCAAACUGACCCAGAACGUGGAUUUGCUUGCCCUACUGAAAUGGAAAGCUUACCCCGAUCGUGUGAUGGAUAUUCUAGGAAGACUGAGGCAUGUCAGUGGUGAAGAAAUUGUUAAGUUCCUUCAAGACAUUCUGGACACACUGUUUGUAGUUUUGGAUGACAACACCGAGAAGUAUGGCUUGCUGGUCUUUCAGUCUUUGGUGUUCAUCAUAAACCUGCUGCGUGACAGCAAGUAUUUUCAUUUUCGACCUGUGAUGGACACUUACAUUCAGAAGCACUUUGCAGGAGCUCUGGCUUAUAAAGAAUUGAUCCGAUGUUUGAAGUGGUACAUGGACCGUUCAGCUGAGCUUGUACGCCAAGACCACAUCCAGGAAGCAAUGAGAGCCUUGGAAUAUCUUUUCAAGUUCAUUGUCCAAUCUCGGAUCCUUUACUCCAGAGCUACUUGUGGAAUGGAGGAGGAGCAGUUCCGCUCCAGCAUCCAAGAGCUUUUCCAGUCCAUCAGAUUUGUGCUCAGCUUGGACAGCAGGAGUUCGGAGACUCUCAUCUUCACACAGGAAAUCUCAGAGAUGGAUCACCUAGAACAUCCUGGUAAUGCGAAGGCUGCUUUGCUGAACUCCUUCCCCGCUAUCUUCGAUGAGCUGUUGCAGAUGUUCACUGUGCAGGAAGUAGCAGAGUUUGUGAGGGGCACUCUGGGCAGCAUGCCCAGUACUGUGCACAUCGGGCAGUCAAUGGACGUUGUUAAGCUCCAGUCCAUUGCACGCACUGUGGACAGCCGCCUGUUCUCCUUCUCAGAGUCCCGACGCAUCCUGCUUCCUGUGGUUCUUCACCACAUUCACCUUCACCUACGACAGCAGAAGGAGCUACUCAUCUGCUCUGGGAUUCUGAGUAGUAUCUUCUCCAUAAUCAAGACCAGCUCUUUGGAGGGAGAUGUCGUGGAGGAGGUUGAGAUGAUGGUGGAAAGCCUCCUGGAUGUUCUUUUACAAACUCUGCUAACAAUCAUGAGUAAAUCGCAGUCUCAGGAGGCGGUAAGAGGGCAGCGUUGCCCGCAGUGCACAGCAGAAAUCACUGGAGAAUACGUGUCCUGUCUUUUAUCUUUGCUUCGUCAGAUGUCAGACACUCAUUUCCAGCACUUACUGGACAACUUCCAAAGCAAGGAUGAACUAAAGGAGUUCCUCCUGAAGAUUUUCUGUGUAUUUCGGAACCUUAUGAAAAUGAGUGUCUUUCCUCGAGACUGGAUGGUGAUGAGGUUGCUCACCAGCAAUAUCAUAGUUACAACAGUUCAGUACCUGUCUUCUGCACUGCACAAGAACUUCACAGAAACGGACUUUGACUUUAAAGUGUGGAACUCCUAUUUCAGCCUGGCAGUGCUGUUCAUAAACCAGCCAAGCCUCCAACUAGAAAGUGCCACACCAGCUAAGAGAAAGAAGAUACUGGAUAAAUACGGUGAUAUGAGAGUGAUGAUGGCGUAUGAGCUCUUCAGCAUGUGGCAGAACCUAGGGGAGCAUAAGAUACACUUUAUUCCGGGGAUGAUUGGCCCGUUUCUUGGUGUUACACUCGUCCCACAACCAGAAGUCCGGAAUAUCAUGAUUCCCAUCUUCCAUGACAUGAUGGACUGGGAGCAGAGAAAGAAUGGCAACUUCAAACAGGUGGAAGCUGAGCUGAUCGAUAAGCUGGACAGCCUGGUAUCCGAAGGAAAAGGUGAUGAGAACUACAGAGAGCUCUUCAGCCUGCUAACCCAGCUCUUUGGGCCUUAUCCCAGUUUGCUGGAGAAGAUUGAGCAGGAGACGUGGCGGGAGACUGGGAUCUCUUUUGUUACAUCGGUUACUCGCCUCAUGGAGCGCCUGCUUGACUACAGGGACUGCAUGAAAGGCGAUGAAACAGAGAACAAGAAAAUCGGUUGCACUGUUAACCUUAUGAAUUUCUAUAAAUCAGAAAUUAACAAGGAGGAGAUGUACAUCCGCUACAUCCACAAGCUGUGUGACAUGCACUUACAGGCUGAGAACUACACAGAGGCUGCAUUUACUUUGCUUUUGUACUGUGAGUUGCUUCAGUGGGAGGACAGACCUCUGAGAGAGUUCCUGCAUUACCCAUCUCAGUCAGAGUGGCAACGUAAGGAAGGUCUGUGCCGUAAGAUUAUCCAUUACUUCAACAAAGGGAAGAGCUGGGAGUUUGGAAUCCCGCUGUGCAGAGAGCUGGCCAUGCAGUACGAAAGUCUCUACGACUACCAGAGCCUCAGCUGGAUUCGGAAAAUGGAAGCCACCUAUUACGAUAACAUCAUGGAGCAGCAGCGCCUGGAACCUGAGUUCUUCAGAGUUGGAUUUUAUGGUCGAAAAUUCCCAUUCUUCCUGCGGAACAAAGAAUACGUGUGUCGGGGCCAUGACUAUGAGAGGCUGGAAGCCUUCCAGCAGAGGAUGCUGAGUGAGUUCCCACAAGCCAUUGCAAUGCAGCAUCCAAACCACCCAGAUGACUCUAUAUUACAGUGUGAUGCCCAGUAUUUACAGAUCUAUGCUGUGACUCCCAUCCCGGACAACAUCGACGUGCUGCAGAUGGACCGCGUCCCUGACCGCAUAAAGAGCUUCUACCGAGUCAACAACAUCCGCAAGUUCCGCUACGACAGGCCUUUCCACAAAGGCCCAAAGGACAAGGACAACGAGUUUAAGAGCUUGUGGAUUGAACGCACCACUCUGACCUUGACUCACAGCUUACCUGGGAUCUCUCGUUGGUUUGAAGUGGAGAGAAGAGAACUGGUUGAAGUAAGUCCUUUGGAAAAUGCCAUUCAAGUGGUUGAGAACAAAAACCAGGAGUUGAGAACGCUGAUAAGCCAGUACCAGCAUAAACAAAUGCAUGGUAACAUUAAUCUUCUCAGCAUGUGUCUGAAUGGAGUGAUUGAUGCAGCUGUGAAUGGGGGAAUUGCACGGUACCAGGAGGCCUUUUUUGAUAAAGAUUACAUCACAAAGCACCCUGGAGAUGCAGAGAAGAUCACACAGCUCAAGGAGCUCAUGCAGGAACAGGUGCAUGUCUUAGGAGUGGGGCUGGCAGUCCAUGAGAAAUUUGUCCAUCCAGAAAUGCGUCCUCUGCAUAAGAAACUGAUAGACCAGUUCCAGAUGAUGAGAUCCAGUUUGUACCAUGAGUUACCUGGUUUGGAUAAGCUGAGUCCAGCCUGUUCUGGCAGUAGUACACCUCGCAGCAAUGUUCUGGUUUCCCAUGGACCUAUGAGCCCAGAGAGCAUAAAGCUGCUUCAUCGACACAGCCCGCUGAACUUGCUUGGCUCAGUCCGACACUCGUCGUCAUCUUUGUCAUCCCACACCUCCAGCGAAACAGGGAACCUGGUUAUCCUAACAGACAGCUCUGUGGGGGAGGCUGCAGAGGAGAUGUACCACAUGCAGGCCAGCCCGUCCACCUCAAGCCUGAGCUCCACGCACUCGGCACCAUCCCAGAUGAUUAACUCUGCUCCUUCCAGUGCAAGAGUGCUGGUGAAAGGUGGUGGAUUGACAACACUGGAGGCUGAAGCCCUCUAUUUACCCACAGAACAGAUACAGCAUGGGCGGCAGCCGUGCAAGCUUCCCCACGCUGCCCCCACCAAUGUGCCUCAUCUCUGUCCUGGAGGGACCACCUCUAGAGGCUCUCCCUCUCUACCAGAUAAGUACCGCCACACUCGGGAGCUGAUGAUGUUGCUGCCAACCCACCGGGACCGGCCCAGCAGCGCCAUGUACCCCACAGCUAUCAUGGAAAACGGACAGCCUCCGAAUUUUCAGCGCGCCUUGAUGCAGCAAAUGAUUGGACCGUGCAAACCUUGCAGCGAUCCCAACCUCUCUGUGGCUGAGAAAGCUGUGCCAGCAGCGCCCAGUAGCUGGAGCCUAGACAGCGGAACCAGAGAGGCCCUGCCAUUCCUGUCUGCCCACGUUGGGAGCAUCUUGGCCCCACCAGUACCUCCCCGAAGCCUGCCCCAUGGACACUACUCGCUGCACUUUGAUGCCUUCCAUCACCAGCUCAGUGAUGCUCCUCCAGCACUGCCUGCACGAACGUUGCGCAAGUCCCCUCUUCAUCCCAUCCCUGCAUCACCCACCAGUCCGCAGUCUGGUCUAGAUGGAAGUAACUCCACUUUGUCCGGCAGCGCAAGCAGCGGCGUCUCCUCCUUGAGCGAGAGUAAUUUUGGACAUUCCUCUGAACCACCUCCUCGCACAGACACCAUGGAUUCUGUCCCCAGCCAGGCCUGGAACACUGACGAAGAUCUAGAGACACCCUACCUCCCUGUCAGGUACAGUCUCUCUGAGCCUGAUGUCCUCGAGUCGCUCAAAUCCCAGCCAUGCCGAAGCCACUCAGCUCCAUCAGGAGUCAUUCCUCAGGACACCCUGGACCCUCCUGCUCUGCCCCCCAAACCUUACCACUCCCGGCUGCCAAACAUAGAGAACGAGGAGGGAAUGAUAAUUGAAGAUGACGACAAACACCGCCAGUUGCAUCGUAAAGUGUCCCAGCCAGUGAGUGGUGGAAAGGAAGAGCAGGCCAGGGUAGCAUGGGAGCACGGCAUCAGUGAGCAGUAGGAACAACUGCUGGUAAGCAGCUUGCGUCAUCAUUCCAGGUGUGACCAGAGCGCAGAGAGCUGAGGACUCGGAGAACAGCAAGCUGACUUCUACUGCCACAGGCUUGGCUGGAGCCCGCAUACGCAAUAGGGCCAGCAAGGGAGGCUGCUGCUUUCCUUUCAAAUUUCCUUUUACACCUUUCCGUUACGUUUUUUUAACUUUCUGUGCAGUGGAUGGUUCUUCCUUCUGCAGUUUCUUAACCGCACCACAUGGCACACAAGCCAUAGAGACUUGCAGAAGCUGAAAAAUACAAUUUUAAGCGGAGGGGGAAGAAGGAGGAAAGGUGGCAAGCUGAUUUUGAAACUGCUUUCCUCCCAGCUCUGGGACACACUUGAGUAGAAGCAGUUGCACUAGGGACAUAUUUUGUUGCUGUACAGAAGUGAAAGCUCAUUGCUGAAAUCAGGGAUUUUAUGAACUGUCAGUCUGGAAGGUGCAUGAGCAGCAGGCAGUGGAAAGAUGGCAAUUCUAAGAAGAUAUUGGCUCUUUUGAGAGCAGGAUUGUACAUAUCUGUGCAGUGAUCUCCCUGCAUUGGUUCAUAGGUGCUGAGGCAAUCUAACCAGUGCUGAUGCACUGAUUUCCAAGAUACCAUUUCCAACAAACUCUGCCUCCUUUGUUUUUUAUGUACUGUUUGAUUUCUUAAAUUUUGCUUUCACUGGCUAAACCAACCUGCUUUCUCAUUGGAGUCAUGCUGUUCAUCUGUGCUACAGGAUGAGGGGGAGGUUAGUAGCCACUGGAGCUGUGACCUGAUUGUAGGCCUUUCCCAUGCCCAGCGUCGGGCAGGCUGUCGACACCAGCAUUUCUAUUCCAGUUAAAAGAAAAUAAAAAGUUUUCCAUGCCACAGCUGGUUGAUGACUCACCAGUAAAGAAAAAGUGGCAUAAAUGCAUAAUAUCCACCACUCCUUGCCUCAGGGCUGAACAUCACAAUUCUCACCCGUUUCCAUCGCCCAGGAGCUGAGAUCCAUUACCCAAAACCAUCAUUCCUCAGCCUCCCUCCAAAAGUCACUGCAGCUGGUGUGCAGGAUGUCCAUCUCCAUCUAAGCAGAUGCAAGAAAUGCCCAGUGUAGUGUGCACUCUAGAGUCAGGAAUCUUAAAGGCAACCUGUAAAGAAGGAACAUUUAUUUCCUCUUUUGCUUCUUUAGGAUGUAUGAAGAAGUUGUGAGAGCUUCUCCUUCUCCCCUUUUGAAGGUUUUGGUUCUUUUUUCCUCACGUGGCAAUGCAGCCUUCCCCCUGCCUUUUUUUUUUUUUUUUUUUUUAUGGUCAGGCUCCAGAAAGGGAUGAAGAAUUCAGUGCAGGUGGGAGAUUUAGAAAAAAAGCAAAGAAAACAAACAAACAAAAACAAGAAACAGAACUAUGCAGAAGCGGAGUCAGUACAAACGUGUGUGAAACAAACCUUUUAAUCAGUAUUUGCUUAGUUGAGUUGCAUUAAAAGACAGGAAAAAGUUCUGUGGUAAGAGGCAAGACCUGUGGUGUGAAAAGAACUAGAAGAAAUCUUCUAUUUUCAUAUUUUCAUAUUUUUCAAGAAACUUUGGAUCAAAAAAGCAGGUAUCUAGUGUUUUUAGAUAAGUAAGUAAUGCUCUUUCCUGCUGCCGUGCCUGCACACAUUUUGGCCUUUCCUUACAUUCAUUUCCACCUGCAGACUGCAAAGCACACUCCAGAAGAUGGUAAGUUACCACUGAAAAACCUGAAGCACAUUCAGACAAAAGACUUUCCUCCACCACGUAAAUUAGUGUCAGAAAUAGGAAUCCCCUAGUCACUCAGUUUCUCCUUCUACAAACAGCAUAAAGAAGCAAAAAAGGAUACGCCUCUGUUACAGGUCACCUUAAGCACUACCUCUAAAUACAGUGACUGGGCGGAGUACAUUGCUUCUGAACUCUCCUAAAGAUGGUCUGUCUGUACAAAGUCUGGGCUCAGUCAGCUGUCAUACGAAGGGGAUUUUAAGAGGAUUUCUUUCUUUUCUUUCUCAAGCUCUAGCCCAUACAAAAGUAAUAAAUUAUGGUUUUGUUUCUUAAGUGGCCCAUUUGGCUGGAACAAAGUCUCUUGUGCUUCCUCUAUUUUGUCACUAACAUAGGCUGCUUGUAAUCCCUACAACCAUCACAAUUAAGAAGAGAAUGAUAUUAAAUCCGGCAUACGGUGGAUGUUUCAUCUCUAGCAGGAGUGAGAGUUUUCCAGUAGUAGAACCGCCCUAACUGUUAAUGAACCAAGCUGGGUCUCUGGUAUAGCACACAGAUACGAAAGCUCAUUCAGAGUUAUGUUUUCAAUGAAGGUAAGUCAAGGUAAUUCCUUAGAAGUGAGUGAAAUAUUUUCAUGUUAUUCUUAGAAAUUUUUAAGAGAAUUAAGUACUCAAUUCCAUCUCCCUGACCAUGUUUGGUUUUGGUUGGUUUUUGGGGGGUUUUUUUAGUGGGAAGGUUGAAAGUAGUACAUGUACUGAUAUACUGAACUUCCUCGUUGUAUUAAAAAAAAAAAAAGCACCAAAAAACCAGCAGGUCCUGCAAAUAAAACUGCAAAAGCAGGAAUGCAAUUAACAUGGGGCAAAGUCUCAUUCAGCUGGAAGACCUGCCCUGGAGCUCCCAUCAGUCUCUCACAGUGCACCACCUCGCUCUGAUUAGAAGGGCUGUACAACAGCAGUCUGACCAUUCUGAGUGUCUGUCAUAACUAUGUAUUUGCAGGGGGGUUGAAGAUAAUGGAAUGGUGUAUACAGAUACCCAAUUUAUGGCAGGUGCACACAAAGGAGGAUGGAAUAAAUUACUGAAUUCACUAAAUUUGAGCCUCUGUGGAGUUAAAUUUCUGUUGUUCUGAUGCCUACUACACGUUCUGUCACCCUUUUCAGUGCUUAACUUAAAGGGUGCAGAAGAUAGACUGCUGUUAGGUUUUGUGAAUGCUGGAACAAGUACUUCAUGGAACUAAUACUUCUCUGGAGGGUGGGGUGGCUUUCUAGCACAGUGCAACUCCAUCAGCAAACUCAGUCCUGGAGCAGGGGGAAGCAACAGCAGUUGUUGCACUGGUGCAACAGGAUUUGAAGAUUCUUUGUAUAAACCACAGUGACGGGAUGUUUUGAACAGGACCCGUUUGUUCUGCACUUAACUCUGAUUCAGAUGUAAUGCAUCCUUGCCUUCCUUGGGUUUUCGUUGCGUAACAGAAUAGCAUGUGCAUUCCUGAAACAAUUGGUGGAAUUCUGCAGCACAUCUCUCCAUCAUGAGCGUACCUGCCGGCCCCAUCUGAAACAAAAAUGAGAAGAAACUACAGUAAUAGAAGAAAAGCAGUUAGAAUUGUUGUCUGGAUCCUACACAUUUUUUCAAUGGCUGGGUUGGUUUUAUUGCUGUGUGCAAAACUACGAUUCUUAUCCAUCCUUUCCUUCAUUUACUUUUUAGCCUGCUUACCAUUUUUCAGGUAAGGGAUAUCCUGUAUCCCUGUUGUGGGAGAAACAGCCAAAACCGGGGAGGCUGGAGAGAGCAAAAGCCUUUGGGAAACAAAUUAAGUGAUAUUUAAAAUUUCCUCUAUUCAUGCUUCUUUGUAAAUACCCCCAUUUGAAUGCUGUGUAUUUGUACAGGAAAUUGAGCAAAAAAUGUAUAGAUUGUGACGUCCGACUGGUAUUCUGCCCUGUAAAUGUGUUUUUAACCUCUGGCAUUCUGUGCUUAUUUAAAAAAGGCAAAAACCUCUAACCACUUCUCUUUUGUGUAUUCAUGUUUAAAAUAAAAUCAGAACAGCUAUCUUAUCUAUAAUGGAAAUCAAAUUGAAAAGGAAAAAAAUAAUUUGUACAAGUGUCCUAAAGGUACUUCAUUGUAUAUAUUGUGAUAGCAUGUUUCCAGAAUCAACAAAUAAGUGGUGUGAAUUUUAGAUGUAAAUAUCUGCUGUUUGUUUUGGGUUUCUUUCCCUUACCCAUUCACUCGACUGCUGUGAUGUGAAAUUAAAGAUUAAUACCUGAUAUUAAA